AUGGUCCUCCAGGGUACAGUUACCAUGGUCCCCCCAGGGUUCAGUCACCAUGGAGCCCCCCAGGGUUCAGUCAUCAUGGAGCCCCCUAGUGUUCAGUCACCAUGGUCCCCCCAGGGUUCAGUCGCCAUGGUGGCUCCCAGGGUUCAGUCACCAUGGAGCCCCCUAGGAUCAGUCACUAUGGUGUCCCCCAAGACCUUCCGGUUAGGGGACUGUAAAAGGAAGGGUUACCCAUACUUUUUCAUUCAUGCUUUUUCUUUCUCCUUAGUGACAGCCACCAAACUGGUGUGUUACUUCACUAACUGGUCCCAGUACCGAUCUGGAGAAGGUAAAUACCUGCCUGAGAACAUGGACCCUCACCUGUGCACUCACCUGGUCUUUGCCUUCGCUGUCAUUAAUUAUGCUAACGAGCUUGAAAUCUCAGAGUGGAAUGACCCAACACUCUACCGGUCCUUCAACAGCCUCAAGACGCGAAACCCCAUGCUGAGGACUUUGCUGUCUGUCAGAAAGCACAGUGCUGGAGAUGCCCAGUUCUCCAUCAUGGUUUCCAAUGCUGCCAAACGCCAGACGUUUAUCCAGUCGUCCAUCAGCUUCCUGAGGAAGUAUGGCUUUGAUGGUCUGGACCUGGACUGGGAGUACCCUGGAUCGCACGGAAGCCCUCCCGAGGACAAGCAGAGAUUCACUGAGCUCUGUAAGGAACUUUUCGUGGCUUACGAAGCGGAAAACAAUGCCAGUGGAAAAACACAACUAAUUAUCUCAGCAACGGUAGCAGCUGAGAAAGAAUACAUUGAUAUAGGAUAUGAAAUCACUGAGGUGUCCAAAUACCUUGACUUCAUUAAUGUUAAGACAUUUGACCUUCAAAGCAAUCAAGCUAAUGUCACCCACCAUCACAGUCCUCUCAAUCAGGGGCAUCUCAACAUUGACCAAGCCAGCACAGACUCUGCUAUGCAAAACUGGCAGUCCAGAGGGGCCCCAGUGGGAAAGUUGCUGCUUGGCUUCUCUACCUACGGCCGCUCCUACACGCUCUCAUCAGGGCAGACGGGGGUGGGGGCCGUAGCCAGCGGUCUAGCCAGCCCGGGGCCCUACACUCAGGAGAUAGGAUGCUGGUCCUACUAUGAGAUCUGCUCAUUCCUCAAAGGGACCUCUGUUCAGUGGAUAGAUGAGCAGAGUGUUCCAUAUGCUAUCAAAGGGAACGAAUGGGUGGGCUACGACAACAUGCAGAGCUACAGUGCCAAGGUCAGCUAUCUGAAGGAUAAACAAUUUGGAGGUGCCUUUGUGUGGACUCUGGACAUGGAUGACUUUUCUGGAAUGUUCUGUAAUCAGGGCAGAUACCCACUGAUUACACAUCUGAAGACUAUCUUGAAUAUUGGUAAGUACCCAACCAACUUCAGACACUCUGGCCUAUACCAGAACCAUGACCUCAACCAAAGAGAGUCUUCCAGUGUCCUGAAAGAGACUAGCUGGUCGCUGAGCUCAUUUCUCGUGGUGGAGGAUGCUGCUGGAGGAGUCACCUUCCCUUCAAAAUGUACCCUGCAGUCAUCAGCAGUGAGAAUGAAGGGGAGGAGGGAGAAGUCGGAGAAGAGAUGCAGGAGUUGA